CAGAAUAUCGCUUGGGUGUCGUGCAAGAAUUACACACUCCACGACGCUGAAAACGCGCGGUGAACAAUACUAUGUCAGGAGAGGCUUCAAAACGUUCCAAUCUUAUUGAUGUGACACACCAGCAUCUUCACACACUGCUCUCCGGGCAACUCGAUGGUAUCACUGUCGAGCAAGUCACAGAAUACCUGAAGCUUCGUAUACCACAGCUCAGCAACGUGUCGGCCCCGUUCGGAAAACCCAAUGACGCGUCGAAGAAGAAGGUGGAGUCGGGAUCGGUGAAGCUGCGCGAUGGCGUGACUGUGCGGGUCGAAGACGCGGACAAGGAGUUCGUUUUCGCAAUAAGCAAACGGUUCGACGUCGACGAGGUUGAAGGAUUGGUCCUUCUUCGAUCAUUCCUAUACAACGAGGGUCUUCCUGAAACUUCCGCUAGCGCAGGAUCUGCCACCAUUGUUGAAGAGCUGCUGGACGCCAUCACACCAUUCUACUACUCGGAGCGCCUCUAUGUUCUUCGAAUCCUCAUACCACUAUUCCGCGCAAGUGCUGGAGGCGUUCAGCCCGUCAGCGACAUUGCUGCGGACCUUCUACCUGCAGUUAUCCCUGAUGGCAAGGCAUUUGCCACCUCCCUCCUCGCGGAGUACAUAUCGAAGCUGAAGGCGCGGCUGCCAUCCAACUUCGACGCCGAUCCGAGGAAGGCAGUAUCAUGGGCAAAGCAAAACGUAAAAGAGCAGCUUGUCGUUCAAGAAGUUCUCUUCUGGACUGUUUGGGACUAUGCUCCGUGCGACGGCCAAUUGGUGGCGCGGAUCUACGAGACGUCGUAUCAGACAAACCUCGGCUCCCACCAGGAGAAUUCGACAUUAUUAUUGGACGAAGAAGGCGCGCAAUUACAACAGGACAUGGCUGCCUUGUGGAUUCUAAUCAGUGUUGAGGUACUGGAGCUCGAGAGGGCGGCAGACCCUGGCGGCAUUGAAGUUUCGCACACCCCGGCAGACAAAGAGAUCUACUGGUCUUCUCCAGAAUCCUUGGAACGGAUACACAAGCUCGUCACGUCGCAUCCGGACAGUCAGUUUGCGUGUCAGUACAUUGCUUGGGCCUUUGUGCUCUCUCGAAUAGUCGAGGUCUGUACCAACCUCAAGGAGCUUCCCAGCUCAUAUAGCAAGUUCUUCGACUCCAUCAUGCCUACGGACCGCUCUUACACUAGGGGGCACGAUCCCGCUCACGUCCUCAUGUCAAGAGCUGCGCUGGGUCAAGACGCUGGUCUAUUCCAGCUCAUGCUCACCCUAUUGACGAAUUCGCCAGUAUUCGUGACGUCUAUGGCUUGGAGGACUGCCUCGUCAGUGACCGACCCGAACGCUGUGGCGUAUCGUUCAGUGCUCAAAGGCCUGGUCAUCUCUAUCGUCGAACUGGUCCCAGUAGAGCUGAUUCCAGAUUUCGACGGCUUCCUCGAAGUUUGGAUUUCCCUUUUCGGACGGAGCGAAAGCCAGUCUGUGUCAGGUAUCUGCCGACAGUUUUGGCAGUCAGAUUGGCAUCAUGGAUCAGUCCGUCGGGCAAUAUUAGACGUCGCUCGGUCGCGGUUCGCUGUGCGAAGCAAGCCCCUUGUUCGCUUACUUCGUGCCAUGACGGCUUCUGGAUUCCUCGACACAGAUCCCCUCGCCACAGCCGACCACAACACGGAAGGUGAUCCGCUUACCCACGAGGAUCGUGCUGUCUGCGCACAACAUGUGUUCCUCUUCCUCGACAGACUCCCUACCUAUACCCAGGUCAUCCCCGUGUCUGUUUGCUCCGGUUCCCAAGCUCUCUACGAGAAAUUGCCCGAACGGAUGAUCUCUGCAUCUGUGUCGACGGGCCCGACAUACACCAACCUGCGGCCAAUCAAGCUUCCCGGAGGCGCGACACUUCCGCUGCGGUCUGCUGGCCGUCUGCUGAACGAUACCGGCGAGCACGUCGUGGUUUCCUGGCAGUUCGAGCACUCGGGGUGGAAGGUUCUCCUGGAGAUCCUGACCGAUUACGUGAACCGGCGGCGAAUGGCAGGCGGCGUGUCGCAUCAUGACGUCGCCUUUGGGCGGAAAGCGGUCGUUGCGGCUCCGGUCCUCAAGCUUGAAGAUAUUGGCGUGGAGGUGGAUGGCGCAGGAGAUGAUUCGCUCGUCACGGAGAUACUCGACCUCAUCCGUAGCGUGACGCGCGAUCAUCCCGAGCUGGCGGGACAGCUAUUGGAGUCAUUUGAGUCUGGGGACCCUGUGGUAUCUCACUCGAUGCUUGAAGCCGCACCUCCAGACCUCGUGCAGCUGACCACUAUGAUCCUUGAAGAUGCACUCUCUCGAUCUAGCCCUCAGCAGAAGAGUCCGCCAUGCACUCAGCUCAUCACCUCUUCCAUGAGUGUUCUUGCUGCUCUCUUGGCGUUGCCCAAGUAUUCCAAUCGUGUCUGGCUCUACAUUAGAUCGACAUCGUCGCUGUUUGGCUCUGAACGUUCAGUUGGCUUCACCUCCACCGUUAUCGCCUCCGAACGAAUUACUGGGCACUACACAAUGACGCUAGCGCUGCUGCACUUGGUACGCCAGCUCUUCAAUGAAGCAUCGUCGUCCGUUUUGCCCGUCCUCCAAGAGACUCCGAAGCUGCAGCAAAUGAAGGAGGAGGUCCUAAUGCGUGCUGCUCGCUUCGUACAUUCCGAGAUCUGGGUCGAACAUGUCGGAUGGAAAUAUGCUCAACUUAGCGACCGCUUCGAGAUUGGCAGGAGGAUCUCGAGCACCUACGCAGAUAUUCUGAAACAUUCUCCUCCUCCGAUGAGCGACGCACCUUUUGGCGACCUUAGCAAGGCCGUGUUCGAAGCCCUUAUCACUCGCGCUACUACAUCCGCAGUGAACCCUCUUAUAACAGCACUCACUACGUCAACACCGGUCUUGACGAUGCUUUACUCGGCUCGCAGGUAUGGGGACGCCCGGCGGCUGAUCUACAUGCUCGAGUCGCAUCUGCUCCUGGUUCGAGUUUUGCUGCAUGCCAAGCUGAAGCUGCUGCCGGAUAAACCAUGCUUACUUGAGCAAGCUUUGUGCACCCGAGUAAUCGGUACCGUUGGGUCGUUGGACCCUUUCUCCUCAACCAAACUUGACCCUAUCGAAGCCCUCGCUGCGUACACGAAGGAACGGCGGAUGGGUCUGACCGUACCGGUGGAAGCGAUGGAAGUGCUAUUCGCUCUGUGUAUAUCACUCUCUUCAUCCGAUGCCUCUCAGGCAACUUCGAUCGUCGGCUACCUUGCAGACCCCGAGUCUACGGUUGCUUCCCUAGUUCGCAUUAUCAUGCACCCAUACGACGAUGCGCUACUACGGAACGCUGUGUGGAACUUCAUAACCCUGGCAAUGGACAAGGAGCCUGCGCUCGCUGGGCUUUUCGUCAAGGGCCAGUUUCGGGUGCCGAGCGUCAAGGGGAAGGAGAAGGCGACGAAUGGGGGCAACGGUUCGAAGGCAACGAGUGCCCUGGCUGUUGCUUGCAAUAUGCUAGAGCAGUGGGAAGACCUCUGGGAGCUAAACCCGCAGCUGCUUGCGUCACUGUUACGCUUCCUGGAUGUCGUUUGGGAGCACGGUCACGAACACAAGUCGUCACUUGAUACGGUCAGAGAUGAUGCAAAAUUCUUCGAACAUCUCGCGUCCAUCAUCAAGAAAGAAUUGGGCCCUACUCCCGACUUUAGGGUCGAGACGCUUAUCUUCCUUGACGGUGCCCAGCAUUCAGAUCUGCACGAAGCCGUUGUUGGCCAUGCAUACCGCACCAUGGCGAAGACACACGCACUGCACAUCAUUGCGCUCGAUAUUCGGAUGGCGCUCCCUACGACCGGAGAUAAGAGCGUUACCCCCAAGCCGAAGAGCUACAUUUUCAUACAGGACAUAUUCAAGGACGAAGACACGAUCUCGGAGUUGAUCUCGGAGGCUGCUUCGCGGGCGUAUGACCCUUCCCUAUACGACGAGCUCCAAGAACAAACACAGACACACUUCCCUGCUCUGGUUUUGGACCACAUUCUCCUCCAAGAGCCGCUGGUCGAGAGAAGCUUCGGCGAUGAAUUUGCGUUCUCGACUUCGCUUCUUCAGCUGCGCGUAGCGACUUUCUCGGAUACCCUUUCGGAACAAGUCGAGUCGGUGUUCAAGAAGCUCAUGUCGAUAAACCUCAACCUUUCCCUCGCUCAUGCACAGACGACACUAACAGAGUCGUGGCAGCAUUUACUCCUACAAGCGGUUCCAUUCCUCAGAGGAGAAACGACUGUCCGGGCAGUAUUCUUGGCACAAGCCUCCAACAUCUCGACGGAUAUUGCGAUGGAGACACGCUCUGGAGGCAUGAUGCCGACGAUUCACCAUGCGCACUUGUCCCUCCUGCUCUCGCUAGUGGAGGUUAGCUGGUUCUCACAGUCGGACAAAAAAGAUGAGAUCCAACACUUCGUCACGCUUAUCAAGAACCUUCGAGGGAUCAUUCUCAAUGAAGCGCAGCCACCGGCGAGGUCGUUCCUUAACCAGUCUACCGUUCCUUUCCACCGGCCCCUGCUACAGAUUCUCUACUACUGUGCCCGGCAGAGCAGAACUCUGAUGCGAAAACCGAAGGCCCUCAGUGCAGAGCAGCGACUAGAUAUUAACGCCACCAUCGACGUCGCUCUUGAUCUUAGUAUCAAUGCCCUCCGCCUCGCUUUCGAUACAGCCCGCACGCGAUUAGACAUAGACCUCGACCAGGAUAUGGAACAACUGGUUGCGGUAUUCGAGGAGUGCACAAGACCGACACUUACCCCGUCGACAACGCUGUGGCUAACUUGCUGUCAAGAAACAGACGUCAUUCGUGCCAGCUUGCAGCUCUUCAGUCAAACUGACCUCGCUGGAUACACCGACGUUGCUCUACUCAGACUGCGGAAGCAGCCAUUGUAUGCGCCACACGUCCUAACCUUUCACCUGGCUCUUGCGAGUAUCCCGUCGGCAGCCGAAAGGCUCGCCAGCGAGGGUGCCUUAGCGGCGUACAGCGAAAACAGCAUCAGCUCUGCCAUCAAGACAGGUUCCGUGGAAAUUGCCCUGCCUGAGCUUCCCGGCGAACGCAGUCCGAUCCAUAACGCGUACUGUACGAUGCUUGCCGUCAUAUCAGGGGUCAUUUUGGCACUCGGCUCCCAUGGCCAUUACUUCGUCGCGGACGCGUGUGGGUUCAUCCAACUCUACAGUGACCAGAUUCACCGUGCGCUGUCUUGGACCAUCGGCGAUUCAAUGACAACAUCGCUUCUGGAGGAGAUCGAGCAGACUGUCAACCUAUUCUACGCCAUCUCGUCUACUCCGCAAGCUACCUCGGGGGACGAGGCCGCGAAACGAGCGCUCGAGUUCUUCACCAUGGAAGUGCUCAUGCUGUUACAGCAGGUCAACUACGCUUUGACGCACCACAAUCACCUCGCGAGCCUGUUCGAGCCCAUCACUGCGGAGGAGCGUGCGCAGUAUGAAGCGGACAGCGCGAAUGCAUCUGCGAUCAGCUCGUCCUCAGAUAUGGUCGACCUCAUUGGGCGGCCAUUCGUUGCUCGGCUUGUCCAUAGGUUGUUCACCAUCUCGGGAUCACUCUUGUCGACGCUAGUGAACAUCAGUAAGGCAGAAAGCGUGUUACUUAGAGAGCCAGAUGAUUGGCCUACGGACCAGACUCUGCUUGUGCCGCAUUCAAAAGUCGUGCUGGGCGAGCCAAUAUCUAUUGGUACUCUCCUCGAGCUCGGCAACUGUUCGCUCGACGUGCUCAAGUACCUUGUCGACCGCCCGGCAAUGCAGAGCGUCACACCAGCGAAGGGAAGCGAGAAGGCGCUCGACGUGCGGGACAGCAUGCUCGCGACACGGCGGACGCUCGAGGCGGCGCUCUUCUACGGGGCGACGCAGCUCGCGCUCUGGCUGGCCAAGCCUGAGUUCGACGUCACGGGCCACGAGAUGGACGCAGAGCCGAGCGAGAUCGAUGUUGCCGUGCCGGACAAGGAGCGUCGUGUGGCGUUGCGCAAGAGCAUGACGCUGACAGAGCGCAUCCGGAGAGGCAUGAGUGGAGAGAUGGCCGCGGACCUCCAAGCUCUCAUCACGCGCGCGAAGCCGAUCGUAGGCAAGAGCCAGGCAACGCUGGAGAACAAGUCGGUGGAUAUCACGCAGGUGCUGUCUGUUUUUGUGCAGGAACGGAUAAUGAUGGGUUAGGGAGGGGUGUGUACAAAGCCAGUCUCGUAUGCUCUGUCAGAAUUGUUCGCCGUCGUUAUAUCGAUUAUCGACUUUAAGCACUGUACUUAAAGACAAUGCGACACGAGAGUAUACAAAAUUAAAUAUGCUCAUGAGGUAUCGUGAUAGCGAUCGUGAGCAGGUAUAGUGAAGUUAUUGCGCGAGGCAUUAUGCCUGGUUAGAAGGUCCCUGGUGAAAGACGAGCAUAUCUAGAGAGACAAACGGGGUUUGAGCAUUGUGUCGGAUGUCGGUGUAGGCCGGGGGAAGCGUCAUGGAGUCGUCAAUAUCGUCUUCGUCAUCUUCCAUCGGGACAUCAACUCGUACACCAGCGUCCUCCUCACGGCGUUGUCUCGGUGGGGCCAUGGAUACCGACUGCUCGGCAAGGAUAGGGGCAGGAGCAGAGACAGGGGAAGGAGCAACAGUGUUUGGCUGCUUGCGCCGACCCUUCUCACGGUGCGCGGUGAUAGUAGGCGCCAAUACGACGCCGGUAACGACCUCCGUUGUGGGUGAGGCGUUCUGCACGACGUAGUCUGAUUGAUUCGGGACCGCGGCCGUCGUGUCCCUUUGAUGUGCAGCCUCAGGCCGCAGUGGCUGUGUGACAUUAUCUUUAGGCUCGAUGUUUGAAGGCGGAAGGAUGUCUCUACCACUUCCCUCAAUGAGCGAAUGCAGCGAGUAUUCUGGUGGGGCGUUUAGAAGACAUGGCGCA